GUCAGAGGUCACAUGAUCCAUGAAGUUAUGGUGGACAAAAUAGUGAUUGCCAAACACCUUUCCUAUGUAACUUCUCUUUGACGUUGUCAGUAAUAAAAACAAAUUUGCAUGAUAUCUAUAUAAUGGGAGAAGCUGCAUCAGCCUCAUCCAACAGUGCACAGUACUCACAGCUUCAAUUGUCAGUAAACUCGGCUAAGAUCACAGGCAGCGGUGGCGUCUUUUCCUCCAAACCCGAUCCAUUUGUAGAAGUUUCUGUUGACGGCCAGCCUCCACGCAAAACUGAUGUCCAGAAAAAGACGACAAACCCAAAGUGGGAUGAUGACUUUACUCUGCUGGUUACCCCCUACUCCCGGCUAGAUGUUCGAGUCCAGAGUCAGAACACCAUACGAGCCCCCUCCCUCCUGGGUCAGGCCUCUGUAGAACUGUACAAUAUCCUCCUGGAAAAUCAAGGCAAAUUAAAUAAUUUAACAAAGUCAUUUGAAAUCAAACUUGAUGGAAAAGGAAAAACUGGAGAAGUCAGUCUAAGUUUCAAUGGAAUGGAAGUCAACAUGACCCGAUUCCCUAAGAGGAACGAGAGGAGACAGACCAAUGUCAGUCGUAAUGAAAGAAAAAAUAAAGGACAAGUUUCCAGUAAUUCCAAUGCGUCUGGAUCCAGGAACAGGAGAGCCCCUCCUGUACCCCCUCCCCCCAAACGAACGACCCAGUCAGGAGGCACAGCCAGCUCUAGCAAUCAGGCCACUUCAUCAGCUGCUGCAAGUUCUUCAGGUACAACCCCAGUAGCUCAGCAGAAUGGUUCAGUGCCAGUAGUGAAUGGUACAGGGGGAGCAACUUCUUCAGAGGAUGGAAAUACAGGGCCAGCAGGGAGCCCCACACAGGCCCAGCAAAAUCAGUCCACUAGCAAUGAACCUCUCCCAGCUGGUUGGGAGAUGAGAACUGAUGCUCAUGGACGUAGUUAUUAUGUAGACCAUAAUACACGCACCACUACAUGGGAGAGACCACAGCCACUGCCCCCGGGGUGGGAGAGACGGGUGGACCCUCGUGGACGUGUUUACUAUGUGGAUCACAACACACGAACAACAACGUGGCAGAGGCCCAACACCGACAUGUUAAAUAAUUACAGCGCGUGGCAGGACCACCGCAAUAAUCGCAACAUUGCUCUGGAACAUCUGCAGAACCGGUUUCUGUUUCCAAAUCCUCAAACUGUGGCCCCAGAUAAUGAUCCUCUCGGACCUCUACCUGAUGGAUGGGAGAAACGUAUAGAUCCGAAUGGGCGUGUGUAUUUUGUGAAUCACAAGAAUAGAACCACACAAUGGGAGGACCCCAGAACACAAGGAAUUAUACAGGAGGACCCCUUGCCUGAGGGCUGGGAGAUGAGAUAUACCGCAGACGGUGUGAGAUACUUUGUAGAUCACAACACCAAGACGACAACAUUCCAAGAUCCCAGGGGAGGGCAGGGCAAAGGACCUAAGGGGGCCUAUGGUGUGCCUUUACAGUAUGAGAGGAGUUUCCGAUGGAAGCUGGGACAGUUCCGAUACCUGUGUACCUCCAAUGCUCUGCCAGGCCACGUCAAAAUCACAGUGUCCAGGGAUAAUCUGUUUGAAGAUUCGUUUCAGCAGAUUAUGAGAUUGCAGCCCUUUGACUUGAGGAGAAGACUGUACAUUAUAUUCAAGGGAGAGGAAGGUUUAGAUUAUGGGGGCGUGGCAAGAGAAUGGUUUUUCCACCUGUCCCAUGAUGUACUGAACCCUAUGUACUGUCUGUUUGAGUACGCCAGCACCAAUAACUACUGUCUACAGAUCAAUCCAGCCUCCAGUGUUAACCCUGACCACCUCGUAUACUUCAGGUUCAUCGGCAGAUUUAUUGCCAUGGCACUUUACCAUGGGAAGUUUAUAGACAGUGGUUUUACUCUACCUUUCUACAAGAGAAUGUUGAGCAAAAAAUUAUACCUAAAGGAUAUAGAAACGAUAGAUCCCGAGUUUUACAAUUCUUUAGUGUGGAUAAGGGAUAAUGAUAUAGAGGAAUGUGGACUUGAGUUAUUUUUUACUGCUGACUUUGAGAUCCUGGGUAAAGUAGAACAACACGAUCUGAAAGAGGGGGGAUCUGAAAUCAAAGUCACAGAGGAGAACAAGGAGGAAUACAUAGACUUGAUGACAAACUGGCGGUUCUCUCGUGGGGUGGAGGAGCAGAACAAGGCAUUCUUGGAUGGUUUCAGUGAGGUGGUGCCCUUACAGUGGCUACAGUACUUUGAUGAGAGGGAACUGGAGUUGAUGCUGUGUGGUAUGCAGGAGAUAGACGUUGAUGACUGGGAAAGAAACACAAUUUACAGGCAUUACCAAAGAAACUCCAAACAAGUUGUCUGGUUCUGGAAGUUUGUACGGGAUAUUGACAAUGAAAAGAAGAUUCGUUUACUACAGUUUGUCACAGGAACAUGUCGGCUACCAGUUGGAGGCUUCGCAGAACUAAUGGGGAGCAAUGGACCACAGAGAUUCUGUAUAGAGAAGGUCGGCAAGGAAACCUGGUUACCAAGGAGUCACACAUGCUUUAACAGACUAGACUUACCUCCCUAUAGAAGUUAUGAACAAUUAUUUGAAAAAUUAACAAUGGCCAUUGAAGAGACUGAAGGCUUUGGACAGGAAUAGCGACUAGAUUUAAUUACGGAGGCAGUCUUUCAGAUUACACCUGGACUCUUUGGACCAUCGAUCACAUUGAUGGAGAAUUUUAAGAUGAUCUGUGAUCCCCCUUUUUCCCCUUUCUGUCCUAGACAUUACUUUUGAAUGGUUAUUUGUUGUGAAAAUUUUUCUUUUGCUAAAAUAAUGAUGUUUUUAGAAGAACAUGUAUAUCAUUCAAUUUUUAAUUUUUAAUGUUGGAAAAAUUAUGUUUCAAUGAGAAGUGUAGGGUGUUUUUUUUUUUUGGAUUGUGUUUAAGUGAAUGUACUUUGAUAAUAUAUAUUAUUAUACUGUAGAUUCCCUAAAGACUCUUCAUUUUAAUACUUAAUUUAUAAAUUUUUAUGUACAAUGAAGAACAAAAAUUACCAUCCAUCAAAAGUGGCAAUAUGGAUGAUUUAUAUAUAAUUAAAUAAAUGAAGGCCAAAAUUAAAUUAAUUUUCUUCUCAGGAAAUAUGCAAGAAUAAAUUUCUUACUUUUGAUCAAAAGGAAUCUACAGUAUCACAGUCAUUUAUUUUUUUUUAAUUGUUAAAAAUCUUACCGGUAUUUUUUUGUAGGAUUUAUAAGAAACCAAGAAUAUAUAAGGCAUAUAGUUGACUGAUUCAUUUAUCAGAUGUUGUUAAUCAUGGAUGCAUGUGUUAUGUGUGUGAACUCAGAUCCCAGGCCUUUGGAAGGAGGGACAAUUCAUGUCGGAGGAGGAAGUCUUAGCUUAGUUUUGUUUGUUGUCUGGGGUUUUCCUUAGACUGCUAUCCUUUUUAUUUGCAAAUGGAGCAUUUUAUAAAUGUUCUGAAUAUUUGACUGUGAUAGGUCAGAAACCAUGCAGAUUUUCUUUAGAUAACAAAUUAUUGCUUACCUUCAAAAAGAUUUGUUUUUUUAACUUUGUUAGAGGAGACUUAAGCUUCUCUCUAGGCCUGUGUUCUCCAGAAUACCAGAAUUUGGUGAUAAAUAAAUCCUUAUUGUCAUUAGCUGAAUGCAUUUUUUUUUUUGGUUGACAUAAUGACUUUUUUUAAUGAAAUACAUUGAGGACUUUGUUCAGUUUAAAUACACAGUAAAUAUGGAUUAAGAUAUGACUGAACAUUUUGUCUUUUUCAGUAUUUCUGCAUGUGGUGUUUGGGUUUCUAUUUUAAGGCAUUCUGAAGGAGCUUUGUCCCAUUAAAAGGAAGGAAUCAUAAGUAUAUGUGGCAGACUCAUUCCAGUGUAAGGAGAGGGCUAAAUGAGGCAUUGUGCCUGCUGUCCUAUCCUAUAUUUUGUUAAAAAAAAACUUGUUUACGUUACUAUGCCAUAAAUGUCAUACAUAUUUAUGUCAUAUAUAUUUAUUUUGUAUAAAAAUUGAUAUGUUUUGCAGUUUUCAAUUAAGAUAAGAAAGACAAGUUAUCUACCCUUGGUACUCCAAGAUAAUGCACGAGUUAGAUGUUGUCCACUUUCCUAUGCCUCCCUCCCUGAUCUAAUAAAUUACAUGUAUUUAUCUCAUUGCAAUCAGCUUGAAACAUGCAUUGUACGUCUUCCUGGAAAUAAAAAUCAUUUUUUGUUGAAGAUGAAUUUACAAAUUGAAUUUCAAAGACCUACAGAGGCAUAUCUUAAAUUAAGCACUAUUUAAAAAUGUAUGUCAUGUUUUAUAAUACAUAUCCAUCUCCAGUAGUCAGAGAAUCAUAGGACCACAUAACCUUACAAACUUUUAUUUUUUGUCUAAGCAUGGAUGUGCUCUGAUCUUGUUGCAAUUGCAUUAAAAAGUUGUUGUGACCUGUUAUUAUUUGUAAUGCAAUAUUGUACAUUUUCUUUUGAAUGAGUUGAUGUAAAAAUGUAUUCCAUUAUUUAUUACAGACAUUGUUAUCAAGGCACAAAGCAUCUCAAUUUACGAAUGCGGGUGGGUACGACCCUUUUCGACCCGAGUGGGUUCGACCCGCGUGGUUUUGACCCAAGUGGUUUCGUUCCGAUGCAGUAUUAAUUAUAACAAUUUCGUUUUGGGGGUCUAAUUCAAAAUAUUCAGAUUUUUUUAACCGAUCGUGACUGUUUAUUAUUUAAAAUAUUGCAUAAUAAUUACGUUUAUUUAAACCAUUUAUUAUACAUAUAUAGACAAUAAAUUCGUAUAUUAUCCCACAAAGAGCUGAUUAGUUUUUAAGGAAAAAUGUUCAAAUAUAAAUUCUUUAUAUUUUUCAAAUGAAAUGAAUUGCAUCCAAGUUUACUAUUGACUUCAAUGUUGACAACCAAUAAUUGACACGUAUCCCUCCUUGAAGCCAUACAGCUACCGUGAAACCAUGUGUAUACCUAAGGUAUACACCAUACCUUAUAGUCUGAACCCCUCUAUAUACCUGUAUGUAUAUAAUUAUAAGUAGGUCGAAACCACUUGGGUCGUUACCAUGCGGGUCGAACACGGAAUCGGGUCAUAACCACUCGACACUUCAAUUUACAACACUAUGAAAAUACAAAUCAGUUUGUUAUUGGAAGAGUUAUCUUUCUUGUUGAACUUGUUUGUGUAAUUGAGCAUAUAGUCACAGUGAAUAUACAGAUAUAUCAAUAAUCUUUCUCUGAAUACAGCGUGUGUUUGCUUUCUUUUGAUUUCCCAAUACGUUGACCUUCUAUCUGUCUAACAUGUGUUGUUUUUAUUAUGACAUGUAAAAUAUUGAUUAAAACGAUAGUAAAAUUGUUAUCAACAGGAGGUCAGUCAUAUAAAAUAAUGAAAUCUA